CCAACAAUUUAUUUGGAUUUUGAUAGCUGUUUUUUUCUAUCUCUUUACCUGAUACAUUUUGAGGGUUUGUUGCAAAUAUCUGUAAAAAAUGGUCGAUUUAAAGAAAGAUUUAGAAGAAUAUCUUCUGUUGCAAAGUGACCAGAAGAAAAAUUUCAAAAUACAGAUGCCAACCAUCCCCAAACCCUCAUUACCGAAAUGGUUCAAGCAACAAGAACCAACUGAGGAAGGUUGGUUCCAAGAAACAAAAAAAGACUGCUGUCCCAGUUUGAGUAGAUUCCAAAGGUGGACAUUUUUCGGUUUGUGUAUAUGUGUAGGAGGAAUAUGUUUCUCUCUAUCAAUGCUGUAUGUUCCUGUUUUGAUAUUGAAAGCCAGAAAAUUUGCAUUAUUAUUCACUUUAGGAAGUUUCUUCUUUGUAUUAGGCUUCUUUUUCCUUAUGGGACCAUGGUCUUACUUGAAACAAAUGUUCACUAGGGAGAGGAUAUUUUUAACCAUUUCUUAUUUAGGCACCUUAAUUGCAACUCUAUACAGUGCCCUGUUCCUUCAAAGUACACCACUAACAGUACUGUUCGCAGUGUUUCAAAUCAUAAGUUUGCUCUGGACGGUUUUAUCGCAUAUACCUGGGGGCUCAACAGGAUUGAGUUUUUUCACAAAAAUGUUUUCUAGUUCUGUUACAAGCACCUUACCUGUGUAGUAAAUUUUAAUUCGGUAGUUAUUAUAUGGAAUUUGUAUAUAAUGAAUGAAUGUUCUCACUUCGAUUGAGAAAAAUUUACAAAUUUUUGUGAUAUGACAGUUUUAUAACUGUCUUAUUAUUACUUUAAAAUAGUCAUAUCAGAUUCACCAAGAUAAUAAAAGGCUGUUAUUUAUUUA